AUGGCCGUUGGGCCAUAUAAUACUGACGAAAAGAGGUUUGCACCAAAUUCGCCUAAGAAUGCGCCAUACCUAGUCGUCCAGAGUAUGGCUGGCAGCUUGGAACGCUUGACCGACCACUUCACCUCCAUCAUUUUACCUCCUUGGGACCCUCACUGCGCCAGCUUUCUGCCGGCUAAGCUAGCUGACAAGCUGUAUACCGCCUGUGAGCUAUCUGUUGCAUCGUCGGAUGCGCCUGAGUUGCCUGCUGCCUUUGAAACUCCCGCUGCUGCUUCGGUUUCUGAGGCUGCCACACCUGAACCUGCGGCUGCGCCUGAUCGCUUUACUGCUUUGGCUGGCGAUCCUCCGGCCAGUCUGAAAGUUCAGAAGAAGAAGGUGGUGGGUCAAGCGUUCCAAGCUGCCAGCCAUACUCUGGACGACCGCCAGGAGGUGAUUGGCGAUUUCAGCUUGUCGAACAAGGCGGUUCUCUAG